GCAUUGCGUUUUUGGGCCUGUAGAGUAGUUCAUGGCGUUUUCCUCAGUGGGUUUUGUUGGAUACUUGUGGGCGAAGAUAGGGUUUUGGUGGUACCAUCCAAUAAAGUGAUGUCAAUGAUGGGCUUUGAUGGAGGAAAGAUGGGAUUUUUAUUGAUGGGUUAACCACUGUUUAUAGUUUUAAGGACUUGUUGGGUGCUUUUUUGUUUAAAAAAGGAUUAAUGUUGAGAUCUGGUAGGAGUAGGGACCGUUCUAAUUAGUAUUAAUGGUGUCUUGAAGAUUGUAAUGCAUGCCCAUUUGAUUUUUUUUGGCAUUGCAUCUCCUUUUUUUGUUUGUGGCCCAUUUGCCCCUUUCCCUUUUGCUAUUCUGCUGAUGAAGAGAGCAUAUGAGGGAGAUCUUGCGUUAUUUGUUUUUUUUUCGGUGACUCCGUCUGCUUAAGUGGUCUUCAUGCAUUGACUUAAGUCGCGAUUUCUUCGAUAAAUUUCUGGUGUGGAUCAGCUAGAUGAGAUCUUCUUUUGCCUGCUUCUUGGUUAUUAGUCUCUAGAAAUUCCCCUUUUCUGAUUUGCUGUGUCCGGAGAAAAUGGCUCAAUAUAUCCAUUAUGGGUUUAGAUAUUGUUUUGGAAAGUGAGAACCAUUUUCAAGCAGUUCCAAGGCCGAAAACUGUUCAUCAGCCUCCCCACGGCAGAGCAAAAGUAGAUGGGAAAGAUAUAAAAGAAAUAUUAAAAAGCAGAUAUAACAUCUUGAGGCGCUUAGAUGGUGAUCACAGAGAGUUGAGCUUCAGCAACUCUACUACUCCCCGCCGAAAAAGCAUGCCAGCCAGGCCUCAUAGUACGAAUUUAAGUAACAGCGAAGUGGUUAAAAGGGGGUCGGUAUAUCAAAGUUCUAAAGAGGUAAGAAGUAUGAGAAAGUUGAGAGGUGGAAGGAGAAAUGUAGAACAAGCCUUUGAUGAUGAGGGUUUUCUCUCUUUUGAGAUUGUUGAUCCUUUGCCUCCACCUUGCUCAAAUGAAUCCAUUGGACGUUCAAAUAUUACGUCUCUAAAUGCAGAACCUACAACCUCAUCUAUUGACAAAAAUCCUUCAGUUCCAGUAAAUUCUGUGGAAUUUCUAGAAUUAUCUGAGCACAUAAAGCUCAGUAGCUCUUGCUCUGGUUCUGCCCAAGCAAUGGACAGUUUGAAAGAUAGGGCCCCAGAGCUUGGCUCGCACCCUACAGAGAGAAGAGGAAAAGGAACAGUCGAAGAACACAAGUGCAAUGAAGAUCAGAAAUUUCAAAAGAAAACUCAUAGUAACAACACCUGUGAGAGAGACACUAAGUGCAGCCUGCCCAAAUCAUUAUCAGCAAAGGCAGUAAUGUUCAAUUCACCUUGUAAAUCAGAAAGAGAGAUCUCUAAUGCCAGUCCAAGGUCACGGUUUAGUCCAUUUAAGAAGAUGCUGGAUCCAAUUAUGAAAUCAAAAUCUCUGAGAAAUCCAUCUAUCAUGGAAACAGAAAUUGGCGGUAGUACUGCUGCCUAUCCUUCAAGUAUAAAGAGGCAUAGGGUGUUACGUAAAUCUUUAUUGAAUGACUUCUCAAAAGCAACUGACAAGAUGAAUUAUGAUGAUAUACUGAUUGAGCUAGAUCAAGAUCAAGAUCCAGUGGCUGUUCCUUCACCUGCUCAUCUACAUGCCACUCUUAAAUUGGAUUGCAAGCAUGGUGCUUUAUCAUAUGAGUUUGCUGUCAAAGAUCCUGAUGACAUUAUUUUGGCCAAGACAUGGAGAACUGAUAGUGCAUUCAAUUGGGCCUACACCUUCCACAGCGGUAAGAAGAAGGGUUUUAAUAGCAGUGGACAGUCAUCUGCAAUGAUUGGUCAGAUGCAAGUUUCUUGCUAUUUGUGUUCAGAAAUAAACGACAAUGGAUCAAUGGAAAGUUCUACAGUAACAGAGUUUGUCUUAUAUGAUAUUGCCCAGGCGAGAAGGAGCUUUGCUAUUGAAGAUUCAACUUCAGCUACAACUAAAUCAACAGAAAUGGAGACAUGUCAAUAUCGUCAACUACACUCUUCUACUGAUUUCGACCCUGAUCCUUCAACUUCUUACCCUUGGCCACCGAAAGAGUUGCAUUCCUAUCUAGAAAUUGCUGCUACUGUGAUCAGGAUACCUUUCAGUAAGAAAGAAAUUAAAGAGCUGCAACUACAAGAAGAUAAAAAUACUAAAGCACAACGAAACUUGCCAAGUUCUCCCGCAAAAGAUCAGGGGAGUGUGGCAACCUUCGAAUGUAUGAAUCAUGCUAAUGUAAAGGUGGUGGCUCCUAGUGGACCCCACAGUUUGCCGAGCAAUGAGGAAGGUAGCCCGUCAUCAUUGUUGGAUAGAUGGAGAUAUGGUGGAGGAUGUGAUUGUGGUGGCUGGGAUAUGGCUUGCCCUAUUGCAGUUCUUGACUGUCCUUGUGCUGCUAAUGACGUCGUCAAUCAUUCAAGUAAAGGAAGUCAUCAGCAAAUGGUACUUUUUGUUCAGGGAAGAAAAGACAAGAUUCCGGCACUAUACAUAGCAGCUGAUGGGAAAGGGCAAUACUCAGUUGAUUUCCAUGCCCAGUUAUCAGCACUACAAGCAUUCUCUAUCUGCAUUUCUAUACUCCACAGUUCAGAAGCUAUGUCAGCACUCGGUCAAGAAAACAAGCAGAUGCUAUACUCAAACUCCCUGAAGUUGCUCCUCGAGGAAGAAGUGAGACAUUUGCUCGAAGCUGUCGCAGAUGAAGAGAAGAGAAAGACAAAGAAGCAAACCAAACAGCUCCAGUCGCAUUUCAUUCUUGAUCCACCGUUUUCUCCCAUUGGGCGAGUUUAGGGGGAAAGUAUAGCAUAUCGAGACAGAGAAAUUUUGAAAGUUGAGUGCUAUUCGAUUUAAUUGUAAACAUGGUCCAUCAUAGUGUUGUAGGUUCAAAUGCGUGUAUAUAAUUUAGAAGGGAGGAAAUGUGAUAUAUUGUUAAUAAGAUACGAGUAGAGUUUGUUGGGCACUGAAUGAUUUGUAGUUGGCAAUUUGGCAUAGAUGAAAGCAUAGAUAAAAUAAAUAAAUAAAAGGAGUAAGCUUUUGAUCUC